UUAGCAUGAUAAGAGAUAUUCAGUUCACCAUUCUGAAAAAGCGAAGGAUAUAGUUUAGCAGCAUGGGAAAUAGUGGGUCAGAAACAGCGAAAGACCUCACAGACGAGCCAUGGAGGAAAAUGAAGACUCUUGUCUGGAAUGAGAAGUAUUGCAAGGAGCUUAAGGACGAGAUUAACAAAUUUGAAAAGGUUUGGAAAAGUGGAUCAGCAAAUUGUUUGCUUCUUGGUCCAACUAGUGUUGGACAAUCAGCUUUCAUCAACUCGGUACUAUCUAUUUCCAAGGGAAGGUUGUGUGAAAUGGCCUACACUGCAGAUGGUGACUGGGGGAGUGUUACGAAAGAGUACUUUUCAUUCCAAGGGGGAGAUGAAAUGAAGUGCGUAAAUAUGUUUGAUACAAGUGGACUGAUGGAAGGACCGGUUGGCUUUAAUGUUGAAAACAUUAUUUCACUGAUAGAUGGUCAUGUCAAAAGUGGCUAUACUUUCAAUCCGGCAAGUCCUAUCCAAAUCUCCGACGCGUGUUACGUUAGCAAACCAUCCGAGAAAGACAAGAUACACUGUGCAGCAUUUAUAAUGAAUGCACAAUUACAGUAUGAUGACCUUGGCGAAAAGUACUUAAACAAAAUAAGAACCUUGCAGAAAGCAUUAAUGGAAAAGGAUGUGCCGCGUGUUGUCAUUUUGACGAAAUGCGACAUAUUGUGUAAUGAAGUAGAGAAAAAUACUGGCUGUAUCUACAGAAGUACUAAGGUAAAAGAAGCUGUCGAGAGAGCUAGAGACUGGUUUCUUAUCCCAGCGAACAAUGUAUACCCGGUUGUUAAUUACGGAGGAGGACAAAAAAUCGAGUUAGAACUGGAAACAUCAGUCCCAAUAUUACUGGCGCUUAGACACAUAACCUAUGCAGCAGCCGACUUCCUGGAAAAAUCGAAGUUAAAGUCAAACCAGGCUAAGAGUUCGGAUGCAGAGGCACUAAAUUCUUGAAAGUAUUAUUUACUUGGACUGUGUUUGUCCUAUACUUUUUGACAAGAGUAUGAAAACAGUACGUAUCAAUAUUGACGAACACACAACACUCCAUUUAUCGCAUUUAUUCUAUGGACUAUUUUGAUAUUGUUUAUAAGCAUGAAUUGUUUUCAGUUGGCUGCCAAUCAUCCGAAAAAGUGAA